CUCCGCUUCUCCCCCGGCCCGCCGCAGGCGGAGGGCUCUAUGGUACGGGCGACGCUCUACCCGCCCGACCGGCUCUCGAUGGCCGGCGGGAUCCCCACCGGAGGGGCUUGGUCCGUGUGUGGCAGCCUCGAAGCGGGGGCUUGGGGUGCAGGGAGGUGACCAGCGACACAGACCCCAUCGGGACCCAUCCCAGGACCCAUCCCAGGACCCUUCCCAGGACCCAUCCCAGGACCCUUCCCACCGGCUCAGCACCGUCCCAGGCACCCAGGAUGUGGGGCAGGAGCCUGGCCUGGCUGUUCCAGUUCCCAUCCAGACCCAGGUGCCCAGGGCUGCCCUGGGGCAGGAGGAUCCUGCUGGCUGCUCCUCGCUGGCACCACUCUGCCCCAGAGCCCCUCAAGUGUGCCUGGCAGCUACACGGGGACCACCUAGAGCUGCGCUACGCGGAGACGCUGAUGCGCUUGGACUUCGUGUGGCUGCGGGAUCACUGCCGCUCCGCCUCCUGCUACAACACCAAAACUCACCAGCGCAGCCUCGACACCGCCUCUGUCGACCUGGACAUCAGGCCCAAAGCUGUGCGGGUGGACGAGGCCACCCUCUUCCUCACCUGGCCGGACGGGCACGUGACGCGCUACGGGCUGGAGUGGCUGGUGAGGAACAGCUACGAGGGGCAGAAGCAGCAGGUGAUGCACCCUAGGAUCCUCUGGAAUGCUGAGAUCUACCACCAGGCCCGGGUCCCCUCCGUGGACUGCCGGAGCUUCCUGGAGACAGACGAGGGGCUGAAGGAAUUCCUGCAGAACUUCCUGCUCUACGGCAUCGCCUUCGUCGAGAAUGUGGCACCCACCAAGGAGGACACAGAGAUCCUGGCUAAAAGGAUCAGCUUGAUCAGGGAGACCAUCUAUGGCAGGAUGUGGUAUUUCACCUCUGACUUCUCCCGGGGGGACACUGCCUACACCAAGCUGGCCCUGGACCGCCACACCGACACCACCUACUUCCAGGAGCCCUGUGGCAUCCAAGUGUUCCACUGCCUGAAGCACGAGGGCACGGGUGGGAGGACACUGCUGGUGGAUGGUUUCUAUGCAGCAGCCCAGGUUCUCCAGCAAGCCCCAGAGCAGUUUGAGCUGCUCAGCAAGGUGCCCUUGAAGCACGAGUACGUGGAGAAUGUGGGAGACUGUCACAACCACAUGAUUGGGGUGGGACCUGUCCUCAAUGUCUACCCCUGGAACAACGAGCUUUAUCUCAUCAGGUACAACAACUACGACCGUGCUGUCAUCAACACCGUGCCUUACGACGUGGUGCACCGCUGGUACGCUGCCCACCGCACCCUCACCACGGAGCUCAGGAGGCCAGAGAAUGAGCUGUGGGUCAAGCUGAAGCCAGGCAAGGCCCUGUUUGUGGAUAACUGGCGGGUGCUGCACGGGAGGGAGGCGUUCACGGGGUACCGGCAGCUCUGCGGCUGCUACCUGACCAGGGAUGAUGUGCUCAACACUGCCCGCCUGCUGGGGCUGCAGGCUUAGCCCCCAGCCCUCCCCCAGAGAGCAGCAGCCCCACCAGCACCACCCUGCUGGGGCUUGGCCACCCCAGGACCUCACACAUACCUCAGACACCUCCGCCCUCUCUGGCUGCCCGCUCAGGGGAGGGAGCAGGGGGAAGCCAAAGGUUACAGGAGCUUUACAGAACCACCUUCUGCCUCUGAAUGUGGGGGGGGGGGCUGCUCUCUAUGCCCCCCACCUGCUCUUCCCAGCCAGCCAGUCUGUCUCAGCUCUGCUCACACCAGUGCUCCUCCAGUCAAGUGCCUUCAGGAUGUGAAACCUCAGCAUUUCUCCCUGGUGUUUGGCCACCUUCUCACCUCGAGGUCCUUGUGGUUUGUUUUUAUUUAGUAGAGCAGAAUGGCAGCUUCUGGGCUCUGGGCUCACCCCAGGCUGGGCUUCACACCUCGAGGAAACAGGAGUCUGUUUGAUGAGAACACCACUCCUGGGGGGCAGGGCAGGUGGAAUAUUUUAGUGACUUUCUUCUCAAACAUCCUCUGUGCCUCUGUGAGUGUCCCUGCCAGGAGCUGUGCUGCUGGAGAGCAGAACCUGGUGAGCUGAGGGAUUCCUGAGGUGUAGGCUGGAGGGAGAGGGGGAAGGAGCAGUGCUGGGCAGGACAGAGAUGGCUGUGGCAGAUGAAUGUUGCAUUUCUGACGUUUCCUCAAGCCCAGGGCUGUCAGGCUGGGUUCCUCCUGCCCCUUGCACCAAGGCUGAAGGCUCAGGAGGUGCAGUGUGGGUCCCUCUGCCUGCUGCAGGAGCUGAGCUUGGGACCUGGGGUGCUGCCUGCAGGGCUCUGCUGAGGGCUUGUGGUGACAGGGAUGCCCCUGGCAGGGACUGUCCUGGGGCCUUCAGCCACCCUGCCCCUCAGGGUGGCAUCCAGUGCUGGAAUCCCCGUUUGGGAGCAGGUUCCCUUUGCAGGAACCACCUUGGACCAGCUUUUGUACUCCAGGUUUUUCAGUUCUUUCAGUAAAAAAAAAACAAAAAGCAAA